CGCGCAUUUCAUUUGUCUUCACAUCAAGGAUGCAUGGGAUGUGUGGGUCUCAUUCAUGCCAUGAACGCAUCCAUCAGCAGUCAGCAACUGGCGUGCAACGCCCCCAAUCGAUCACCAAAGGACUCGAUCAGGACAAGAUCAACCUCUCCCGCCCUGGCGGACUGCACAACAUGUACGCAUCCAGGCAGGCUCAUGCCAUGUACAGACAGUAUCCAUGUGUGUGUGUGUGGUGUGGUGGACACCCCGGCCACGUCAGCACACACGCCCCUCCCUCCGCAUCUAUCAACCUAUAUAUGUGCAAAGAAAGACACGUGCCCAUUGACUGAGCUAUCUUAUCCCCCACACACCACACGCACAGCUGCUGUCUUUAUACGCACCCGAAAGCAUCUAUCUACACCCACUCACUGCACUGACUGGCCUUGGUCGGUCAACCUGGCUGGCUUUCGUCCAACGCAUCCCCCACCGUCCCUGCCUGUGUAUGUGUGAUAUGCACACUCUCCACUCUUUGGCUAUCCGCCCGCUGCGGUCUUCCUGACAAUGAUGAGAUGGCAGUACUGCUGCCGCAGACCUGACGCACCAACACCCGCCCCGUCCACACUCCCACCUCCCUGCUUUAGAGUGUCGGCAGCCGGUGGUGGUGGUGGUGGUGACGGCUCAGCCGUCGCACAGCCAUCUGAUGGCAUCGGUGGCGGACCGACACUGCAACCAUCAUCUCUGCGCCGGCUGUUGUCAUCUGCAGACGUGGUCGAGAGGCCGCCUGGUGCUGUGGGCUGCUGUUGCUCUUCUUGUUGUCUUCGGAGGGCCGGGCGGAUGCCUGAUGGACAGAUCGACAGAUCGGAAGACAGACAUACGGGAAUGACCAUGGAUGGACGGAUGGAUGGUUUCUUGGCCCAGCCCAGCAGCACCAUACGUGCAAAUAAGCGUCUCAGCAGCUUCCGACGCAUCGCUGUCCGAUACUCCUGCACAGACAGACCAAGAGCAUACCAUAGAUGCAUUCAUCACGUCACGUCACGUGUGCCGUCUGUCCGUCUGUCUGUUUAGAACAAUUAAUGCAUGCGCUGCGCUCGUCUCACUCUCACCUCACCUCGCCAGCCUCCUUAAGGAUAUGUCCAUUCUCCGGCAGGAAGGCUUCCCUCAGCGGCCUGGGGUGCACCUUGGACCUGAGGAUGUUGAUGAACUCGGCCAUAUCGUUGAGCUCCACCUCACACGCGUACACCAACUCCCACUGAUGAGAGGGAAAGUGCGCCUGCCGGCGGGGCCAGCCGCUGUGGGAUAUCAGGUAGAACAGACCGCCGCACCUGCAUGCCGCACAUGAGACGAGAUAGAGGGGUUCGUACGCGUCUGUCUGUUGGUUUGCAUAUAUCUGAGUGGUCAGCUCAGCUGGUCUCACCGGAGCACACGGCUGAUCUCAGCGACCAUCAGGGCGGUGGAUGGUGUGCUGGCAAACUCACUCCUAUUCCCAUCGCCACACGAGAGAGCAUCAAACGUGCCUGAACACACAACACACACACACACACACACACAUAUAAAGUACCAUGUGGAUGGAAUGGCAGCACUUUUGUUGCCUCAUGCACUCUCUCUGCGGACUCUCACCUUUAUCGAUGGCGAUGUCGAACACACCAUUCCUCAGUGCCAUGUGUGUGGCGUCCAUGGUCACCCAGGCCAUGCCGUGCGCAUCUUUCUGCUUCAUCAAGCGGAUGACGCUGGGCGAUAUGUCGACGUUGGUCACAUUUCUGUAGCCAUCGGCCGCCAUCUCACUGGAUAGCUGCGAAUUGCCGCACCCCACCUGUGCCGGAGAGAGGCAUUUUAGGGCGGUGCAUGAGUUGCGAAGCCUCCUUUGUGCUUAUCUGUUCUUACCAUAAGGAUGCCUGCAUUUUUGUCUGGCGAGUGCCUGUGGAAGUGCUCUUUCAGCUCUCGAUAGGCGCAAUACCAAUCAAAGGCCUCGCCGCCGCUCUGAGAUCCGAAUCGGUCCUCCCAGAAUGAUGCAUCUGCAUAAUGCCGCACGCUCAUGCACUCCGAUCACCCUCUCUGCUGCAGAUCUGCGCGUUGGCGGAACGGAACCCAUGCAAACGCCUUUUUGCCUUCCA